UGGAAAAAUGAUGAUUACUUUAUUAGCAGCAAUAUUAAUACUUGGUUUUGCUGGCAGUGUAACUCCUAAACCGUGUCAUUCUGGUCAUAGAAUAAUAAAGCGUCAACAAGUGUCAAUACCACAAACUACGAUGGUACAUGGAAAUGUAGAAACUAAAGAAGGAAUCGUUGUUGUCAACAAACAUACAACAAAUAAAGAUAAGAAGUUCAAAGUCUUUCAUGUACCAGUUAUGCAAAACAGCCAAGGAGUCCCAUUUGAAAUCACAGCCAAGGAAGAUGGCGAAUCGUAUUUAACUGGACCUGCAAUGCGUAUACUAGACAAGAACAAUAAAUACGACGAGAAUCAUCCGUUUAUCUUUUUCCCACUGUUAAAUGCCUACCAUUCACAAGGAUAAAUUGAUGGGAAGGCCGAUGUUGCAAACGACUCGAGGUUGUUUCUGUUGUUUCAAUCCCAAGCCUUUCCAACCUUAUCUUGCAACCACGAACUCAAUUCACAUUACAUACUUUCAUGUAUACUUUAGCUAUAGUGUCAUUCCCAUCCUACUCUCUUCCCGGCAUGACAUCACAUGUCAAGUGCGUUCUAUCACUGGAAAAAAUCCGAUUUUUUGAUGUAAAUGAUUAUUUUCAUUAAAUUUACAGAAUUUUGGACACUUACAUCAUACUUACAUCAAAUUUACAACCUUUAAUGCGCGCGAUUUUUUCCAGUGUAUAUGGACAGUUUGGAUUGUAUUGUUAUGUCGAGUAGAGCGUUUUUGCAAUGAAAAUACCUAAAAACCAAUUUGAUACAAUUUUGUUUAUCUUCCGAGAUAAACAUAUGUCGCCAUUUUGAAAAGCAAAACAGAAGAGCUGGCAAAGCGUAUUGAYUAUGGCUUUAUGGGACAAGUCUAAAAAAGACACUUUAUUUUUUAGUGUUGAGCCGUAAAAUAUAUAAGUAUGAAAUCAA